AUGCAGGAACAAGAGAAAUUUUUUGCAGGAAUUGCAUUUGCCAUACUGACGACUGACGCAAGGCUAUCGCCAAAGAAGCAGAAGAUAAUUGAGGAAGUGCGCGCAGACAAACAGGAGUUUGAAAGAGCCAAAUCAGUCCAUGAGAGGUGGUACAUCCAAGCUGUAAAUUCCGUAAUGGGAGCUAUUGGACGACAGAUGUACUUGAACAUGGGAAGGUGAGUGUUUGAAGCUAUGACACUGAUUAGAAAUUACAUCCGUUUACCCAAUUUGCUUAUAGAUUCGAACGAAGAGCGUUCCUGAAUUGCCUUGAUACAAGUGAUGAUGAUAAUAACCUACGAGGUGGAGCAGAAUGUGUGGUGCAUGCGUAUGACAAAACUUUGCACAAAUUAGAGGGGCGUAGAAGAAGGAAACGUAAGACAUAAUCGGUCAUUAGAGUAAUAUUAAGGUUUAGGAUCCACAAAGGCACACUCACUCAAGAAAUUUAUCACAAUCAAAAAGUUAGAUCAAAGGCUGGAUUCUGAGCGACUACGCAAACUCCGCGGCAACGGAAGGACAAGCAAAAAAUCGGAAAAUGCAAAAGCCAAAAGAACAAAGAAGGUACGGUAAGUUCAAUAAAACUGUUUUCGAACAACAGGUGCCCGUAUAAUCCGCAGAACAGGUAACAACUUACAGGCUGAAGAACAAUGAAUACCGAUUAACCAAAAAAGCCGAAGAGAGUAGUGGAUACCAAGAUUGGCUGCAUGAGUAUCAAGUAAAAUCAGUCAGUAAACUACCUUCUCUAAUGGCUAGUAAAGAUGAAAAAUCUCCGGUUAAAAGAAUCACAACAUUAAUCUCAACAAUGGUAAAACAAAAACCCGGUUGGAAGAUGAUCUCGGAUAAAUUGAAAACUGUAAGAAAGUAACAAUUAAACCGACACGUCUCCUUAAAGUUAAACGAAAUGAACUCAAACUCGAAAAACCAAGCCAAAUAUGGACAUAAGAUUAAAGAUAUUGUCACGGAUUAUGAUGAAAAGUACCGGAAGAAGAUACCGUUCUCGAAAAGGUUUCGGAACAUCAUGCCGAGUACAGAGAAUAUGCCAAAGGUGUUGAAAGCGGCAUUUGAAUUGGUGAAUUCAAUGGAGAAACAUACGGAUAUGUUCAAUGCAAAAGUUUUAUCGCCGAGAUUUUUACCCAUUGUGGAUAACUUUGCGGGGGGCGAUACCAUGUAAGUAACAGACCCAAAAAAGACUUAUAAAUAUUUCCCUAGACAUGUAUGUAUACAAUAAAUGUGCAAUGUUUUUAGUCAUCUCCUCUCUCCAAACAUUCUUCCGUUCUACAAAGACGACUCACCAAAUUCCAUCCUGCCCCUUCCAGAUGUCAUCGACUCUACAGGCCUAAAGCCGGAUGAUCGUGAAGCUGUCCUCGAAUUGGUAAUGGAAAUGUCAGGAGCCCAACAAAUCGUUGAGGACACCUUUAAGAUUUUCAAAAACAACGAGACAGCCACCUUGCUCGAAGAUGUUGAUCAAGUCACAAAUGGGAUGGAAAAAAUAUUCGAAACCCUCAAGGGGACUUUCACCAGCCGACAACGUAGAGAGCUGGCCCAGCAAAAAUUUACAUUUAUGGAGAAGAAACAACUGGACUUUUUGUAUGGCCCCGAGGGAGCGUUUAACAAUACUUUGGAAUGGAUUUCAAUCGAUGAAUACUCGAGGUUUGGACACGAAGAUAAGAAAAGAUUGUUGAUGAAGGAUCUACGCAGGAUUAUGGAGGACAGUGAUGGCGCAGACACAGUUGAGGGAAGCAGGAGGAGGAAGAAGAGAGGACUAGAAGUAAUGGCUCCGUUUUCUUUCAGUCCUGAGAUAAUGUCGGUAGGUUAAGUAAUCCUACAGAGGCAGGUCCUGAAAUACGCAAACAUUUUGAUACUAUUUUUGUCAUAGAAAACUACAACGACAGAAAGUUUAACUUCUUUUAGCCAGCGGUAUUAGGGCCUCUUAUCCUAUCGCCAAACUUAUUUUCGCCCUCAAUUUUAUCGCCGGAAGCACUAUCGCCCACUUUAAUCUCACCGAACAUUGGAAGCCCGCUUAUCAUGUAAGUAAUUGCAGAAAGCAACUUCUGCCCACACACUGGAAAAGUAGAGACAUAAACCUUUUUAGAUCACCCUACAUUUUAUCCCCGGAGAUAUUAUCAGCAUCAAUUUUUGAGGUCUACGUGCUAUCUCCGUAUUUUAUUUCCCCAAAUAUCCUAAAUCCGUACCUAAUGGCUCCGAUUAUAUUGUAAGUUAUAAAAAAAAGUAAUAAGUCACAUACGUGAUAUCUCUAGAAGCCCCCAUAUGCUGAGCCCUGACAUAAUGUCGCCGACUUUGCUCUCCGGUGCCAUCUUGAACCCAUACUUUAUGAGUCCGGCUGUUUUGACGGAAUCCGCGUUGGCGUUGGACCUCAUGUCACCAAGCUUUAUGUCCAAGAAGAAAAGGAGAAAGAGGUGA